AUUUUUUUGUAUAUAUAGCCUGGCGUUGGUCACGACUCCUAACCGCUUUCUUAUUACAAUUUUCUCUAUAUAAUUUUCCAUAACUUUUCCGUUGGAUAUUAGCUUUCUCACCACACACUAGUUCAUUCACCUUUCCAACCAUUUAUCUUUUUUCGCUUUUUGCUUUUCAUUUCUCUCGUUUGCUCUCAAUCCUUUGUUUUCAUCCUUUGUUUUAUAUUUACUUUACCAGCUCCUUGUUACAAUGUCUGUUGAGGAUCGACUCGCCAAGCUGGUCGAGCAAGUCACCGCCAUGCAAGCAAGAAUUUCGGAUCUCGAGAUGCAAAACGCCCUCCACAACAUGCAGAUGCACACUUUCAAGGGCGUGGUCGUCGGGGCCCUGAGCCAGGCUGUCAAUACCAUCAACCAGAAUAUGCCUGGCGUCGAUUUGCGCAUUGCGACCAACACCAGCGAAAGUCACAACUGUGGGAGCAACUGGAAUGGCAUGAACACGCCCUUGACCGGGGCACAGCCACCAGUCAUCCACAACAGCCCGCAGCUGCGGGCAGCCUCUGAUAGAUCCGUGUCUCCAGAGCUUGGUGUUGCUGAGCAUAGCCCAUGCCCUGGUGAAGGUAUCGCAAUCAACACCAGCAAUACUGGUCGCCACAGAAGAGACAGCGAUGGUGGUCAGUCUGUUGACAGCUUUGACCUGUUUCCCAACAAUAAUGUGUGUGAGGAAUUCAGCAUCCCAGCCAGCCCUGUGCACAAUGGAGGUACUAGGCCUCUGCAUGACAGCCAUCACAAUUCUGACUUUGAUGAUACUAGCAGGAAGAGGAGGCAUUCUCGGAGCCCCAGCCGCAAGCAUUGCUUGAGUCACAGAAGAGACCACAGCUGCAACUCCAGUUACAGUCACAGCCACAGCCGAAAUAAGUUCAAGAGCAGACAGGGUAAUUCCACCACCCCUGGAUAUCAAGAUUAUUCAAGGAAUCAAGUACCAGCACACCAUAAGCAACAGAGGCAGAUCGGCAUUUGGGAAAGAGUGGGUUCCAAGUCAGGCAAUGCCAAUAGGGAGCCGAGGCUGCAGCAGUUAGCAGAGAGGGAUAAUAAUUCCACCAAGAAACAGCUUUCUGCCAAACCACAAUCUUAUGUCAGCAGAGGUGGGUGGAGAGUUAUUGAUUUUACACAGGAUGAUGAUGACAACACACCUGCCAUGCCAGCAUCUGUAGCCCACAUCAGUAGAACUAAGGUUCUUCCUUCAUCCUAUGACAAGGUUGUUGCAUGGAGGGAGGACACAAGCAGUAAGCAGCCAGUGCAGAUGGAUUGCAGGACAUCCAUUGGCAUUGAUUCUGGUUCAGAACAAGACACUAGGAGCAAGAGUAGCAGCAGCAUCAACCAGAGGCUUGGAGCCAAUAUCAGCAGUACUGGCAACUAUAUGUGGGGGGACAAGGGUGACAACAACAAUGAUGAUGAUGACAAUGAUGAAGAGGAUCUGUCAUGGGACCAGCUGUGUUCAAAGGGCUUCCGGUCAAGUAAGGCUUCAAUAGAGUUGAAAGAUUCUUCAGGAACUCUUCUGGCAGUUGACCGCCUGGCCAAGGUGUGGAGUGUUUGUGCAUGGGUGCCCCUAGAUGACCUGCCAGAGUACUAUCAGCAAUGCUUUAAGGUGCACCUGUGGACAAAUGAGUCAAAGCGGCUGAUCCGGAUGGGGCUCAAAAAUCUGCCUGGGAUUUCAGAGAGAAUGUCAUCCAAUGACAAUGUGCAGUGCACAUUGUUGUUCAGGGACAACUGCCAUCUGAAGCUACUAACUGGUUUCAACCGUCUGUUUGUCAAAUCCCCAGUCCCUGAGCCUGUUUUGUUUUUCUACCUUGUGACCUCUGUUCUCAGACCACUUUCAUUCAGCCAGGCCAAUAUUAUUGCCAAGCUGUGGGUCGAUGAGUUCCAGAGGUCCCCAGUUGGACUGACCACAGUAAAGCGCAGUAAUGGCUUUGGUCAGAUCAAGUGGCAUACUGUGGACUCACUGUGGAAGAUAGCUAUUGAGUGGCUCUGUGAGCUGGCCAAGGGGGUAUCCACACAUGGCAAGGAUUACAUAGUCAGCAAGCUUACUAAUUGGGGCCAUGAGGACAGAAGCAUGUACUCUCACAACAGUGGCAGUUUGGCUAGUGGUGACCCUGACUGUGAUAUGGUUUAUGGCCUGACACGGGACGAGCUCAUUCAGCUCUUAAGCAUCACACCAAUUCUGCUCUCCAGAGUCAUGACUAGUAAAGAGAUUGACACUCUGGGUAACGAGCUGUAGUUGCCAAGCCAAGCCACAACUGUGAACUAGUUUUCUUGUUGCCAUUUUUUGCAUUUUUUAGCCCAAGAGCAGAGCAGAGCCAGCUAUGCUCGCUGGGGCAUAUACUAGUUUAUAAUUUUAUAAUUUUACAAGCAAACAUUUUGGGGAUACAUAAACACAUUUUUUGUUUACGCCUACGUUUAUUUGCAUGGCACUUGCCUUUUUACUUUUAC